AUGGAGGACAAGAGCCGUAAUCUACUGAGUCAGCUGAGCGGGCUGCGUCUCAGCGACGGCUCCAUCGUCGGCAAUCGCCUCGGCAGCGGCAACACUCCUCCCACGCUCUCCGCCUUCAGCACCCGUUCUACCCCCACCACCACGAGUCCUUCGAACUUUCCUGUAUCGGCACUGCCGAGCCACUCGACUGAUGCGCUGAACGGGUCGCUCGGGAAGCAGGAGCGCCGCGGCAACCGCGCGCCACGCGCAGACGCGAAGAAAGACGGUGAGUCACCAACUUCGUCCGUCACCGACAAGAUCAACCGACUUCUCGCUCAAAAUAAAGGGUCCUUGGGGAACAGCGGCGCCGCCGCGAGUGGGUCGUCUGGUGGCAACCGCGACGGUGGGGGCACUAGCAUUCUCUCGUCGCUGGCCGCACAAAUUGGUCACUCCCCGUCUCUAUCGCCCAGAAACGGCGCUGCCAGCUCGACACACACCUCGACGCCGACAGCGGUAAGGACGGUGCCUAUGUCUGCAGCAUCGAGCUCAACCGUCGCCGUACCAAAGCCGCGCUCUGUGGAGGUCUCCACAACCAUGUCCGCCACGACCCCUGCUGCUAUGACCAUCCCUGCUGCAGCCGAGUCGCUCAAUCCGAAGGUGAUGGAGUUCUUCACCAAGGCUGCCGGUGGCUCCCGGCCGCCGCCACCGCUGGUGGAGCCGACAGCGGCGCUGAAGAGCGCCAUUGUUAUCGAAGAGCCAAAGAACGGCAAGGCGACCGGGGGCCGCAAGGAGAAAGCAGCAGCAGCAGGAGCGGCGUCUUCAUCAUCCGCAUCAUCCGCCUCUGCGGCGGCUGCGACAGCUUCGAGUAACGCACGGUCUGCACACCAGCCGUCCUCCUCCACCAAGGCACAAAGGGAAUCGACAGACCAGACCAACAAGUUUCUGGUAGACGCGUUCGGUGCCAUAGACAACCUCGAUGCCACCAAGCCCAUUAUCCGCGUGGCCCCGGAGAUUCCGCGUGAGGGACGGUACAUCAUUGUUGGCGACGUGCACGGCUGCGUGGAUCAGCUGGAGCAGCUGGUCGAGAAGGUAAAGUACGUGAAAGGAAAGGACUGUCUCUUCAUCAUUGGCGACUAUGUGAACAAGGGGCCGGACUCAAUCGGCGCGGUGCGCGCAUGCCAGCGCCUUGGCGCGUACGGCGUGCUGGGCAACCACGACUACACCCUGUUGCGGUGCUGCGCUCGCAUGCGGCGUCGCCCCUUCACCCCUGACGACCUCCGCGACCCGGUAAAGCGACUGGCCCAGAAAUUGCCAAAGGACUGCGAGUACUACCUGCGUGGUCUGCCCCAUAUUGUGCGAAUUCCUCGCCACAACGUCCUCCUCGUUCACGCCGGCCUGAACCUCCAACACUCCUUAGAAAAUCAAAAUGUCGAGGAGGUGAUGCACCUGCGCCGGCUGGAGAUGGUGCCGAACAAGCCGGGCAUGUUCAAGGCAAUCGCCAAGGGGGUGGAGGGGGAGCCAUGGGCAAAGCUAUGGAAUGGGCCUGAGAUGGUCAUCUUCGGUCAUGACGCCUACGCCGGCUUCCAGGCGCACGCGCACGCCUGCGGGAUCGACACCGGGUGCGUUUACGGCGAUCCGUUGACAUGUGUCGUUUAUGGCCAGGACAGCCCCGCGGGCGAGUUUUUCUCCGUGCCUGGGCUGCCCAAGUUGGAGAACGAGAUGAAGGGUCUACCCCCGCCUAGCUCCGACAUUUACGAGCAGGAGGACAUGGACCUCGAGAAGCUCAUUAUUCGACCUACCACGCGCGCCACUCCGGCCAUGAUGAACGGCAGUGCUGACCCUCGUCCUGUGUUCCUGGAGGCACCGCUGGGCUACAAGGAGGGCGAGGAGAGCAGCGCCGUUGGUGCGUCCACCACUUCCACCGUGAAGGCGUCGAACCUCAUGGCAACGGUUACCAGCACGAACACGGUAAUGACGCCUACCUCCACGUCUCCUUUGCGCCUCUCCACACCGACGUGCACCGCCAAUGAGCGGCUCAUGGCGACGAACACCGUCAACACACGCGAAGUGCAGCGGGCGACACUGCUGGCUCUCUCUGCCACGCGCCAGCUUUCCGCGAUCGCGGUGCUGCUCGCGAUGCCCUUGUACGAUCAAGAGAUCGACGCAAUGCUAGGCUCGGAAAGCGCUGACGAAGUCUCACAGGAGGCCUUCUGGGAGCCCUUCACUCGCCUCAUCCUUGUGGCGGCAGCGGAGAUGCCAAAGAACGACGUUGCAGCACUCGCAGGGGUGGAGGCGGCGCUGGAGCUCGCCUUCGAUGUGUGCGAGGAAAUGGAGGCGGUGGGGAGAAAGCUGCAACCGGAGCUGAAGAAAUUUUUGCAGGCGGAGAGAGAGAGCCCUGCGUGGUCCAAGCGGAUCGUGAAAUGCGCGGAGAUGCUGGUACUGGCGUAG